CAAAAACAGUUGUAUGUAUUCCAGAUUAAUUAUGAAUUGUGAUCUAAUGAAAAAAAAGAUAUAUGCUCUGCCAUUUCUCCUCUACUGUAACUUGUGUCUCGUGCCAAUCGACAGUGGCCUGUUUUUUUAGGGGGGGCGGCUUAUCCCGCUGGGCCUGCUGGUCUCGACAGACCUGUUCAUGCCCAGCAGCUGAUAAAAACGGAAGGAUGUUGCACCCUGUUCAAAGCGCCUGGGCCACACAUGCGUCAGUUGGAAGUUAAGUACACACUGCGCAAGGAACAUCUCCAAUGGCUCCUCAAUACGCACCGAGCUUACGCUCUCGUCUGGCACCUUUACUGCUGUUUCUGCAGACAGGGUUCAUUGUCAUAUAUGCGUUUUGCACUGAGAUCGAAAGCAAUGUAAAAGUAGAUGCAAUUACCUUCAGGAGCUUUUACUCUGAGUUCCAGGAUGUGAAUGUGAUGGUGAUUCUAGGUUUUGGCUUCUUAUGCACUUUUCUAGUGCGGUAUGGUUUCAGUAGCGCUGGAUUCAACCUCCUUGUGGCUGUCGUGGCCACCCAGUGGGCAGUAAUACUCAAUGGAAUUGAAUCCUGGUAUUACAGAGGAAAAAUCAGGAUAAACUUGAGAAGCUUAGUAGUUGCUGAGAUGUGUGCAGCCUCUGCCCUCAUUUCAAUUGGAGCUGUGCUGGGGAAGACUAACCCUGUCCACCUCAUCCUCAUUGCCCUACUGGAGGUGUCAGGGUUUAUCCUGAAUGAAUGGCUCCUAAAGACUCUGCUGAGUGCCCAGUCUCUGAACAGCAUCAUGCUGCUUCACAUCUUUGGGGCCUUCUUUGGACUCAUGCUGACCUGGAUGCUGUAUCGGAAAGGAUCCGAGCAGCAAUUUGAAAAAGAGAAAUCCGACCGCAAAACAGGAUUAUUCUCCAUGUUGGGGAUCGUGUUUCUCUGGAUGUUUUGGCCCAGUUUUAAUUCAAUCCUUGUGGACAGUCAUGCUCCUGGGAAGAAGCUAGGAGCCGUCCUCAGCACCUACCUGGCCCUGGCUGUCAGUGCUGUAACAGCAGCUGGUGUGUCUGUGCUCUCCAGCCCCAAGGGAAAACUAAACCCGAUCCAUAUGCAGUCAUGCAUCUUUGCUGGCGGUGUUGCUGUUGGGGUUUCCAUGUCCGCGAUUCAUCAGCCAUGGGAAGCCAUGACAAUCGGAUUCACUGCUGCUCUUGUAUCGACCAUUGGAUUCCGAUACCUCAAGAUCCACAUGCUGCUUGCAUUUGAGUGCCAUGACACCUGUGCUGUCCUGAGCACACAUGGACUACCUGGUCUACUGGGAUGGCUGGCACAUCUCUUUCUACAGAUUAAAGACUGUGACGAUCACACAACGGCAAUCCGGUUUGCUGUAUUUCAUAUUUGUACUCUCCUCAUCACCAUCACUCUGAGUCUGUCAAUGGGAAUCCUUACAGGACUCCUACUGAAGUGGAACUUUUGGAGAAUGCCCCAAAACAAGAAAUGUUUUGAUGAUCAGGCUUUCUGGGAGUUUCCCAAUCUUGCUGUGCGCAAAUGAGAAGACAGGAAAAGAAAUAGAUCAAGUCUGAUCCUGGAAGUACAAACUAUUUUUUUUUUUUGUGUGCAUUCAUAUCAAUGUAUAUAAUUUCAUACAAGUUAUUAGAUGUUUUUUAUGUGUGCAAGACUAGGAUUAAAAAAAAAUCAACGUUGAACUGUGAAAGCAUGAAUACAGACUCAUUUAGUGCCCAGUAUGUUUCUGUUUAAUGCUGCCAUGGUCGUCAGAAACUGACCUCAUGGUUUGGAUGUUACAGGAGCAAAUGAUAAGCGUUGCAGUCAAAUACAAACCUCCAGUACACAUAUAAUACCAUGUAGUCGUGAAACCUUUGUUGACGUCAUGUCAGCAGUGUGAGCUUUUUAACCUUUACCAAUAAAUGUGGAUGACUGCAAA